UUGAUAUCGUACUCUUCCGCACCGCGCUUUUCCGAAAAAAUUAAGUGUAUAACAUUUUUUACAAAUUUAUGUAGACCAAUUUAUAUUUAAUUGCUUUUCCGAAUCUCACCGAUACAAAUAAAGUAUAAAUAAAUAUAGUUGCCGGUUAUUAUUAAUUUCGUAUAUUAACAAAACAUCCUAUAUACGAGCAUUAAAAUUUACAAAAAAGACAAAUUCAAGAAUUCGAUGGCAAGAAAAAGAAAAUGUUAUUAUGAGUGGUUUAAUCUGAUGACCCUAACAUGGAUUAUUUUCUCAGAUAUAUGCUUAAAUGCACUUUGUUUAAAGGACUUGAAAAUUUUUGUGCCGGAAGCUGUCAUAAUGGGAAAUGCUGCAACUUUAUCGUGUCAAUAUGACUUAGAACAGGCUGCCUUGUAUUCAGUGCGAUGGUAUUUUGAAACUGAAGAGUUUUACAGAUAUGUUCCAAAAGAGUUGCCGCCCACUUUAGUGUUCCCAGUUUCGGGAAUAAAUGUUGAUCUUUCGAAUUCCGACUCAGCUUCAGUAACUUUGAGGAGUGUUACUCGAGAACUCUCUGGUCAAUAUCAAUGCGAAGUUUCUGAAGAUGCACCUCUUUUUCAUACGGACAUCAGAUCUGCAAAUAUGCAUGUUGUUGAACUACCAAAAGAAGACCCUGUAAUGCAUGUAGAUAAAAGUGUGAUUACUGCAAAUGACAAUUUCAAGGCAAUAUGUACUGUCGGACCCUCUCACCCAACCGCAAAUAUAACGUGGUAUAUCAAUGGGCGCAAGGUUUAUAAAACACCCUUUCAACGAAUAAGCCAAGAAUCUUAUGAAGGUUCAGCAACGUACUCUUCUCUAGAAAUUUAUCCGCAUAGCCAGAUUCUCCAGGGUUUAUUUCAAGUUGUUCCAAAGUAUCAAACGAGCAUUUUACUUCUGUGUGAAGUCUCCAUAUUGCAUGUUUUUCACAAGAAUGUCCAACAACGAAUUUUGCUUAGUAUGUCGUCUCACACAACCAGAUCUCCAAGUUACUUGGGAUUGGAAGGCACAAAACAAAAUGGCGACCCCGAUAACUCGGCAUACACUGGUAAUUCUGCUCGGAUUAGCCGCAACCCGAUCUCGUACUCAUAUUUAAUAAUAUGUCUUGGAAUAAUUAAACUGCUCAAUUACGUACAGAAAAUAACUUCGCGAAACACGUCCUUUUAUCUGUGACAAUUUAUUUUAUAAUUUUAUUGAGAUAAAUAAAACUAUAAAACAUACAUAGAUAAGUUAAAGUAAAUAUACAAACAUUUGUUACAAACAAACACAAAUAUUUUUUUAUGUUCAGAUUUAAUAUUAAAAUCAAAAUGAUAAAAGCAAGUAAAAUAAAACUGCAAUAAGCACUAGGUACGCAAAUUCAGUUGCUUUCGGGAAAAGUUGGCAGUAUAAUAUGUAUUAAAAAAACGUAAAGAUUGUAUUUUACUAUUUUAUGAGUAAAAUUUGGUCAUAAGGAAACGUAAAUAAUAUUAGUCCCAAGUGUGUAUUAUGCUUUAUAGCGACAUGUUUCAAUCGGGCAAUGUCUGUUGUCUAGGAUAUAAGUUGUUUGCAUGCAGCUUUUUUAUUUUCCACCUUUUCAUUUUUAAAUUUGACAAUAAAUUAAUUGUACUUAAAGCUCUUUUAUUAUUAACUAUGUAUUUAGCUUAAGCUUAUUAAGAAGAAUGUUGGCAGUUGUUUGUUUAUCCAAUAUGAUUAUGGAACACAAAUUUUGUGUUAGGUUUCUUUAAUAAAUAAUAAAUUACGUAUAACUUAAAUAUAAAACAAUUAAGAUUGUACCUUUGUUAUUUUGAAGUAUGAUUUGAGAUUGAAUAGUUUUAUUAUUAGCUAACCGAUUUAGAACCACUUUUGUAUUUUUUUUUUAUUUUUAAACUAGAAGAGUAAUUUGAAUCUCCGAAGUUUUUCAUUAUAAUCUUUGAUAGCAAUUUAAAAAAUGUACGCAUAGCAUCAUAUUGUGUUUUCAAAACAG